AUUAAAAGGAAAAAAAAACAAGAGGAUUCAAUGGUUUUCUCCAACAUGUCUAGAGCUAAUGUAAGGAAACAUGUUGUGGAGAAGAAAGAGAAAGAGAAGCAGACACAAAGUCAUCAAGUUUCGUCGAAGAACUUGAAGAAAAUCUACCCCAUCGGACUCCGUCGAAGCAGUUCGUCAUUUUCGUUAUCUUCUUUAUCGUUAUCUUUGUCGCAAGACUCGAAUGACUCGUCGAUGACGGAUCAUUCGAGUAGUACUACACCGUUGGAGCAGAAGAUCAAGUUAGCUCUCAGCUCGAUCGUGCCUCAUCAUGAAAGGAGAGCGUUCGUGCCCGUCAUUAAAAGUGUCCGACAGCACCGACAGCCACGGCAGCAGCAACAGGAGCCUGGUAACGGAGAACUGAGGAGAUGCAAUUGGGUUACAAAGAAUAGUGACGAAGUAUAUAUAUCAUUUCAUGACCAACAGUGGGGAGUUCCUGUUUAUGAUGACAAACAAUUGUUCGAGCUGCUUAUGUUGUCUGGAAUGCUGACGGAUUACAAUUGGACUGAGAUUUUGAAAAGAAAGGAGAUUUAUAGAGAAGCCUUUUGUGGUUUUGAUCCUGAAAUUGUUGCAAAAAUGGGAGAUAAAGAAAUCGAUGAGAUAUCAUCAAACAAAGAAAUCAUGUUGACUGAAAGCAGAGUAAGGUGUAUAAUACACAAUGCCAAAUGCAUACAAAAGAUUAUGAAGGAGCAAGGAUCCUUCAGUUACUUCAUAUGGGGUUACGUGAAUUACAGGCCAACCAUUAACAAAUACAAAUACCCGAGAAACGUUCCUCUUAGAACUCCAAAAGCUGAAGCCAUUAGCAGGGACUUGCUGAAACGAGGGUUGAGAUUUGUCGGACCGGCGAUCGUUUAUUCAUUCAUGCAAGCUGCUGGAUUGACGAUCGAUCAUCUGGUCGAUUGUUUCAGAUAUAGUCAAUGUGUUGCCCUUGCCGAGAGACCUUGGCAGCACAUUUAGUAAACUAUUCUACUCGGAUUUCUUUACACGACUGUCGAGUAUGGUAUACAUCGGAAACGUGUUGGAUAUGAAUAGUUGGCAUUAACAUCUCUACUAACUCUCUUGAAAUCUAAGCUUUUGAUGUAUACGUGUAUUGAUUCAUGAAAGCUUCAUCUAUGGCUGUGUAAUUGAU